AUGUUCUUUCACAAGGACGCUGCUGACACGUACGGCUGGGCCAGGCUCGUUGCGCUCAAGAACUUUCCGUUUGCGCAUAUCGACGACCCUGUGAUCCGUACUGUCGUACGAUACAAAGCAAUGGAUCGCAAGACCCUGAAAAGAAUGAUUUCGCUUGUUGGCGUGGUGGACAUCAAGAUAAUGCAUGAAUUAUCAGGUGAAAAGUUUGCUCUUGUCUUUGACGGCUUCACGGAUGCUGCUGAGCACGCUAUUGCCAUUUUCACUGCCACGAAAAAUGGCAUACGAUUGCUGGCAUUCUCUCCUUUCCUAGAUGAGGCGUCGAUGACUGCAGCUGAGCACGUUGAAUUCUUAGACAUGGUUCUCGAUCACUACAAGCUGGACAUCGCUAAUAUGGUCGCCAUCGUAGCUGAUAACAUGGAAACCAACAAAGCAAUUUCCCGUCGAAUUUCGGUUUUAUUGAUUGGAUGUGCGGCCCACCGCUUCAAUCUUGCUGUUCGCAAAUGGUUAGAGCCGCAGAUGCAUCUCAUUAAAAAGGUUAGUGCUUUAAUGAAAAAGCUGAAGACUGGUGGCUAA